AGCCCGCGGUGCCGCUUUGUGGACAACGACUCCCAUUUUUAUGGCUGGGUCGAGACAUGUAUCUUAUCUGAAUAUCCAUGAACUUUGAUACUGUAGUGUAUUUACAUAUAUUCUCGCGAUGAUUACAAAAUAAGAAGUUUCGGCGACAGAUGCUUUUUAAAAAAUAUAUAUAUAUAUAUAUAUUUUUUUACCGCCAGUGGCCACACACAGACAAAAAAGCGCACCGGCGGAGUCUGGGACAUGCCAGUAGUUUCAAUAGUUUCAGCUAUCACAGCUAUAGCGUGUGUUUACAAGUUAACCAGGUGUUUGAAGUGCAGGCGGAGUUGCAGCUUUGUCGGGUUCUGCUUUUUGAAUCAUAAAAGCAAAGUUUACUAAAUAGAGGUGCUGCGCGUACCAGCCAGUUUUGAACAUUGACAACCACGCCAGUGACCUAGCGCAUGUGGAAUGGCAGCUUCCCGGCUGAUAAAAGGUAUUCUGAAGAACAAGAACAGCGGGACAGGCAUCAAAGUGGGCCCGUCCGAAGAAGUACCAGUAGAGACUUCAGAACAAGCGGCGCUUGGACUUCUGGAGGAUGACCCACAGAAGAAGUCACAGAAAUGGGACGAGAUGAACAUACUGGCAACGUACCACCCGGUAGACAAGGACUACGGGAUGAUGAAGAUCGAUGAGCCUAGCACACCCUACAACAGGAUGGUGGAGGACGAAGGGGCGCACAGCGACUCGGAGGGCAACGUGCCCAACGUGGACGACCUGGCCACGAAGAGGAGGGAAGUUAUGCAGUGAUCUGGGCCUUAUGAGACUGAAGAUUGGCAGCAGCAGAGGGAAAGGAACCGCGCUUCAUGAGAGAGGAGGAGAGUAGUGAAGAAGAGGAAGAUGAACUAACCCCAGAGGAUCAAG